AUGAUGAAGUGGUAUCUCGUGGGGCAGCUGUGGUGGCUAGUGUGGAGUCUAGUAUGGGGUAUCGUGGCAUGUCAAGAAUCCCACUUUGUCAAUGGGUCUGUUUUUAUGUGGGACUGGAGUGUUCUGCAGCAUGACACUAUUGCACUUCUCGCAUUGUUCGUGGAAGACCAAACUCGUCAGGCUGAGGAGUCUAACACGGAAUUCAUGGUGGUGGUGGAUAAGCGAGACGAAAAAGUGGAAUCUUCAAACGAGAAUGCCACGUUCUUGGUCUUGUGCCGCAACAAUGAAGUCUACGACCUCUUGGAAACCAUCCAGAGCAUCCAAGACAGGUACAACCAUCAAUACCAUCACGAUUGGGUGUUUCUAAACGACAAAACGUUCCUGGACCAGUUGGUGGUAUUAGUGAGUCUGUACAUUCCAUAUGGCCGGCUCAGCUUUGGCCAAGUGCCGAAAAACCAUUGGCUGUAUCCACCAUUCAUAGACCAGCGAGUCGCAAGUGCGAAAAGGGAAGAGUUCCGAAGUAAAGACGUCUACAAUGGUGACAGCGAGUCCUAUAGGCACAUGUGCCGGUUUUAUCUGGGAUAUUUCCAUCUCCAUCCCUUAGUGGCCUCCUACGACUACUACUGGCGUGUGGAGCCUGGAGUACGCUUCUACUGCGAUGUAGACUAUGAUGUCUUUCAGUUUAUGCGCGAGAACAGUAAACAAUAUGGAUUUGUUCUCUCCAUGUUCGAGUAUCGCGAUACUAUUCCGCUGCUUUGGGAGACGGCGGUGGAAUUUUUCGAAUCCAUCGAGCUUCCCAAAUCCAAUCUUGUAGAUUUUGUGCGGAACCCCGAUGGGUCCUAUAACUUAUGCCAUUUCUGGCUGAAUUUUGAGGUUGCGGCCACUGGGUUUUUCAAGUCGCACAUUUAUAACCUGUACUUUGAGCACUUGGACAGAACUGGAGGGUUUUUCUACGAAAGAUGGGGUGAUGCUCCCGUACAUACUUUGGCAGUGGCACAUUUACUUAAUUGGAACGAGGUGUGGUGGUUUGAGGAUAUUGGUUACUACCAUUCGCCCUACCUCCAUUGUCCAGUGGGCCCCUCCUAUUUGGAACAUCGAUGUACAUGCGACCAAACUAUGGAUUUUAGUGGCAGCGAAUUGAGCUGCACACCGUUAAUGGUGCAUCUCCAGACAAAUGGAGGGAAGUUGGAUUGGCUGUAG